AUGUGCAGGUUGACCACGACGACGGUUUGGAAUCAACGGACGCGUCCAGGCACGUGCCGCGUGACCGUGACACACAAUCAUGUCGCUCUCGACCUUGGGCGUUGCCAACGCAUCUUUCGUCCCGCCAUGGGUGGCUAUGUCCUGGAGAAUAGUGUAACCCAUGCACGGCUGCUGCCUGUCGACUGCCAGCACGCAUUUACCUAUCCGACCUAUUGCCUUUUGACUUCCCUCAAUGCACUCGAGAACCACUCCCUUGACCUUGCGAAAGGGUGGAUAUUUGGCUACGGAGGCCGAUGGGGUCGGCUAUUUGGACUCCGGCCGCAUCCAUAUCUCUCUCCUGGCAAAGGCUCUAUCAAGCAGAAGCUCCUGUACAUCUUGAAGGAGCGUGGAUUCGAAGGAAUCGAGGAUGCUUGGAUGAUGACUAUGCCGAAUUUACUAGGAUUUGAAGGGAUCAAUCCUCUAACGGUUUAUUUCUGCUACGAUGUGAAUGACGAGCUGUUGGUCACUGUUUUGGAGGUGCACAAUACCUUUGGAGAGAACCAUGUUUAUUGUCUGAAAACUGGGGAACAGGAAGACAAGGAACCUUCCAAAGGAUUUGACCACCAGUGGACCUUUCCUCGCGCAUUCCAUGUUUCUCCUUUCAAUGACCGCCGCGGUUUCUACACUGUCUCGAUCCGACGGCCAACCCACGCACCCUCUAGACCUUCCAAAGACCUGCCCGCCCCGCGUCCAAGUGUCCGGGUUCACCUUUUAACCCCAACAGGCGCUCUGAAACUUACUGCUCUCCUUCGCCCAACCACGGCAUACCCACUUACGUCCUCCAACCUGCUUUGGGUUCUGUCCAAAUACCCGUUCGAUCUAUUUCUUUCCUUUGCCAGAAUUGUAUACCACGCAUGGGUAUUGCAUUACCAGAAACGAUUAGACGUGUUCAUUCGUCCUGAACCAAUUCCAGCUUUGUGGCGGCGGACGGAGCACAACGCAGGUCCCAAUCUUCCUCAGCUUACAGGCGGUGUACGAUGGCUGCCUGAAGGCGUCUUUGAGCGCUAUGCCCGAGUUCAGCUGGAGAUCUUCUUGCGACAGCGAACAAAGGAAACCAAUAUAUCUGUAGUUGUUUUGCCUGGAGACUCGUCGAUCGGGCCUUCAACGUUUUCCUCCGUCAAAGACCGCGACACCGCCACACUCAAGAUUACGUUAUUAUCCUCCCGAGCAUAUACUCUCAUUUUUCUCGCACCUUCGGCAAAGCACGCGCUCUUAUUAGGCCGAGGAGAGCGCGUCUUCAAUGUAUCUGACGACGAGUUAUUUGUUUCCAUCUUCUCACCACCGAGCCAAUCCCACGUAUUAUCCCGCCGCCAACAACUUCGCCAGCACUCAGCGGCUGGAAACGGCGCGACUAUGGCUGAACUGCCGCUGAAAAUACCGUUUUCGCAUCCAUUAGAUAUGAAUUCAUCCUCGGCGUUGGUCUCGACUGCUGUCAUCUGCAUAUUGCUGCUUUUGGAUGGACUCGAGGCAUUGGUUUUCCGCGCGGUGGGUGCGCGACCUGUCCCUGGAACUGAGCCGUGGGGAAUGUGGAAGCGUGCUGUGCGUGUGCAUGGAUUGGCUGGGGAGGAGUUAGAGAUGGUACCCGACUAUGCGGAGGGGAGUUUGCGACAUCUUGGUACUGUCAGUUGA